UUGAGCUUAAAAUGAAAAACAGAAGGUGUUAUUGAAGACGAAGUCUCCUUGGUUCCAUGUCGCUGGCACAAAACCAGUAGAUGAGAAAUGAGCAACGAAACCCUCCCACCAAACUCACCUGGAUUGGCUGUAUUGCCCACUGAAUCCAUUCGCUCCUUUCUUCUCUCAGCCUCCAAAGAGCCACGCCUUUCUCAUCAACUACGAGACCUUGCUUCCAAUCUUAUCUCUCAAAAUCAUAUACACUAUGGUUCUCUUCGGAGCAUAUGGAUCGCAUCCGACCCUUCUACCCGACCUCAAUUGAUCAGCCUCUUCUCUGGAUCCGAAUUCAUCUUCACCAGUCCUAAACCUAGAGAAAAGAGUGAAGAAUUAAAGGCAAGACUGAGGAAACUCCAAGAAUUGGCUGAGAAGAAUGCAUAUCUAGAGCUUGUUAAGGAUAUAACGCCUAGGAAGGUUGAGAAUGAGCCUUUCUCCUCUUACAAGGAUCAGCUUGGUUUUGGUUUACAUGUUGCACUUACCAUGUUUACUGGCUAUCUUGUGGGAUAUGCAGCAUUCAGGGCAUUGUUUGGCCACAGUCCUGCAAUGAGUGCUGCUGGAGGGAUUCUUGGUAUAGUGUGUGGAAUGCUCGUAGAAACUCUCCUUUUCAUCAUUAGAACUUCUAAUCGAGACCUUAAGUCAUCAACUGCUACUUCUACGCUGAAGAAGAAUCAAUAGACUUGGUACAAAGAGGUCGAUUUUCUGAAUCUGUGUUGUUGGAUUCUGAAUUGUAAAAGUUAGUUUAUGAUCAAUAUUUGUUGUCACCAGUAACCUGAAUACAGGGUCACUGUGUAUGCGGAACUUGGUUGCCAAUGAUGCUAAAUUUGGUUCAUGUUUUUAAGUGAAGUGCAAUAAAAACUCGAACAGUCUUCUUAUUCUUUCA